AUGUCACCUGGACUUCCAAUGCGUGGAAUGAUACACAAAACCGGGCGCCGAGCCAUAGCGGUAGCUUUUUCCGCUGCUAUUGCAUCAACGAUCGCGUUUAAUAUGUUUUAUGUCAUGCCACGUCAUGAAAAAUACGAGGAGUUCUUCAAGAACUACGAUCCCUACACCCGCAUGAAGGAAAUUUGUGCAUCAGGAACCGGAUACAUGCACACGUGUCCCAAGGAUCUGGCAAAAAGUUAUGAGGAGAAGGGCAAGAAGAUUGCUCCUUUGUAG